AAUUUGAUGCACACAUGGAUGCCUCUCGCACUCUGCAAAUUCAUCACCAGCAUCUUGCAUUAGUCAUCUGAUGGACUGCCAAGUGUUUCAUUUUCUUUCCAUGUGACUUUAUUAUUACCACCUCUCUUCCAAAACCUCUGAAAAAGGGCGGGGAAUGGGGGAGAGGGUGAGAAAUCAAGCAGAAAUCCAGCUCUGCCUUUCUUUCUCAGGGAUAACCAGUGCAGAGCUGAUAAUGCUGCCAGUUCCUCAUGUGUUGAUGGCAGCCUUGCCCAUUGAGACCUGCACUUAACUUGCAGCUGCCUCCCAAGCCUGGGUUCUGAGAUGCUCAUGCCCUGGGUGACAGGUGGCCAGGCACUGCCCUGUGCUCCAGAGUCAGUGCUGAACAGAAGCAGCAUGCAGUGAAAGCAAUGCGCUGCUGCUGAGAAGCAACCUAAUGUAACGGCACAGCCAACAAGAUGAACGGAGCUUUGGAUCAUUCAGACCAGCCAGACCCAGAUGCCAUUAAGAUGUUUGUCGGACAGAUCCCUAGGUCCUGGUCGGAAAAGGAGCUGAAAGAACUUUUUGAGCCUUAUGGAGCUGUCUACCAGAUCAACGUCCUCCGGGACCGGAGUCAGAACCCUCCCCAGAGUAAAGGUUGUUGUUUCGUAACAUUUUAUACAAGAAAAGCUGCACUUGAGGCCCAGAAUGCACUGCACAAUAUUAAAACUUUACCUGGGAUGCAUCAUCCCAUUCAGAUGAAACCUGCAGAUAGUGAAAAGUCAAACGCUGUGGAAGACCGAAAAUUGUUCAUAGGAAUGGUUUCCAAGAAAUGUAAUGAGAAUGAUAUCAGAGUGAUGUUCUCUCCAUUCGGUCAGAUAGAAGAGUGCCGGAUUCUCCGGGGCCCUGACGGGCUGAGUCGAGGCUGUGCGUUUGUCACAUUUUCUACAAGGGCAAUGGCACAGAAUGCAAUCAAAGCCAUGCAUCAGUCUCAGACCAUGGAGGGCUGCUCUUCACCUAUCGUGGUGAAGUUUGCUGACACUCAGAAGGACAAAGAGCAAAGGCGCCUCCAGCAGCAGCUUGCACAGCAGAUGCAACAGCUCAACACUGCCACUUGGGGGAACCUGACAGGGCUGGGUGGACUUACCCCACAGUACCUGGCGCUUCUGCAACAGGCCACCUCCUCCAGCAACCUGGGUGCAUUCAGUGGCAUUCAGCAAAUGGCUGGCAUGAACGCUUUACAAUUACAGAAUCUGGCAACGCUGGCUGCUGCUGCAGCUGCCGCUCAAACCUCAGCCACCAGCACCAAUGCAAACCCUCUCUCUAGCACAAGCAGUGCCCUGGGAGCCCUCACAAGUCCCGUGGCUGCUUCAACCCCCAAUUCCACUGCUGGUGCAGCCAUGAAUUCCUUGACCUCUCUUGGAACUCUACAAGGAUUGGCUGGAGCCACUGUCGGAUUGAAUAAUAUUAAUGCACUAGCAGUUGCUCAAAUGCUCUCAGGUAUGGCGGCUCUGAAUGGAGGACUUGGCGCCACAGGCUUGACGAAUGGUACGGCUGGCACUAUGGACGCCCUCACCCAGGCCUACUCAGGAAUUCAGCAGUACGCGGCAGCUGCACUGCCCACUUUGUACAGCCAGAGCCUGCUGCAACAGCAGAGUGCUGCAGGCAGCCAGAAGGAAGGUCCAGAGGGAGCAAACCUCUUUAUUUACCACCUUCCACAGGAGUUUGGAGACCAGGACAUUCUGCAGAUGUUCAUGCCCUUUGGAAAUGUUAUCUCUGCUAAAGUCUUCAUUGACAAACAGACCAAUCUGAGCAAGUGCUUUGGUUUUGUUAGCUAUGACAAUCCAGUCUCUGCACAAGCUGCAAUCCAGGCUAUGAACGGCUUUCAGAUCGGCAUGAAACGCUUGAAGGUGCAGCUGAAGCGCUCCAAAAACGACAGCAAACCUUACUGAUCCUAGCCCCAGAUGCUCCCUGCUCUUACUUUAGCUUUCGUAGGGUAAGUCCCACAAGCCAGCCUGUUUUCAACAGGGAAGGCAGAGGAGGGACCACAAUGCCAACUGUUACCAAGAGAGACGGUUAUUUUUACAAUAAGGCCUCCAUUUCUUCCACUCAUGCCCCACCCAGUCUGCCAUAAUUAAUACCUGGGCUACCUUGUUUUUAUUGAGUAAACCCCUCCUCCAGCCGUGCCAUUGUAUUCUCCUUUGUUUCGCAAUUUGAAUAUCCUUACUCUUUUAAAAAAUUGUUUUGCUUUUUUAAAGAAAAACAUAUAAACAAGUAAAUGACAUCUUGAGAAUUUGAAAGGCAAGCAAACACUAAUGUGCAGUUCUAACUCUGAACCACUGGUGCCCCAAGAGCACUGCCUGGAGCACUCACCCCUCCUUGCCCACCCGCCCGCCCGCCCCUCGGAGGGCCCCACCAUUAGAGAUGAUGUGGUGGCCCAGCAGAGGGAGAAGCCAAGAGAAGCACUUAAAACUCCACAAAACACCCUCCCAGUACAUUGGUUUCUUUUAAUAUAAGUAGGAUUUUAUUUUAGGGUUCAAAGAAACAUGACAUUUAUUGGUCAGAUUAUUACACUGGUUGUCUAUUUUGUUAUUGUUUUAUUUUUGUUUUUAGAAAGGAUUAAUGUAAAAAAAGAUUUAGAGAUCUGUUUCUUAAAGCUACAGGGUUUAAAAAUAAAAUAAAAAUGAGUGAAAAUACUUGAUGUUUCUUGAAAGAUAAAUUUAAUAAUAAAUAAAUACAUAAAUAAUACAUAAAUAAAAAAGAAAGCCACAGGCCUGUAAAUUUUAUUUGUAAAAAAAGCAUUUCUAUUUUUAUACAAAAUUUUUACUGCCUCAGAAAUAAUGGAAGUUAUUUAUUGCCUAUUGUUAACUUAUUGGGUAUCUAAAGAGCAGUUCUCUGUCUAGCUAGAACCUUCUGAAGUAGUCUCGAGAGGAAUUGUUCUAGGAAUGGGCUUUUUUUCACCGUUGAACCCUAGACCUAAAGUUCAUGCUUUAUCCUCUUGUUGUUUGUAUUGUCUGAUUAUUUUGUUUGUAAUUUCCAUUAUCUAGUUUAUAAUUCAGUUGUCUUGACUUCCCCAUAUGUCACCUUUGUUCAAACUGGACCCUCUCCUCUGUCCCUUCCUAGUCCUUCACCCCAAAACACCCAGAAUCCAUCCCCUCUCACUCUCUCCAGAUGGAUUCUCUUGGGGUUUCAUUGUGCUGUGGAAAAAGAGUGUAAGAAAUGCAAAUUAUGUGAAUGGCUCAUAGACUCCCUGAAGACCUAAGAUUUGCAUUAGUUUUUCUCCCCUACCCUUGAAAGUGAUGUUGUUGCUGCUACAUAGGCUCUGUGUAACUUCUGACUCUUCCUUGUUUUCUCCCCAGACAUCUUCAUGCCCGUUAGUCAUCGUUUGCCUAGCAUGUCCCUGUGGCGUCUCAAAAACAGUUUCAUCGUCCCGUCAUUGUUUCUGAUGUCUUUCUGACCUCACAUCAUAUUUGGUUCUCCUACUGACCUUUGAUCUAGUUUUGACCUUUGAAAUUUGCAUGUGACCUCAUCUAGCUAUGAAUUCUGGGAAGUCAAUGUGAAAAACAUUGCUGCAUUCAUGCAAGACUGAAAUUAUUAGACAAAUUAUAGAAAACAAAACCUGUGGCAAAAAUGUUUCUUUCUUAUUUUUUUUUCUUUUCAUAAAACAGACUUGAAAGUAUUACACAGGGAUUGGCAUUCUGCCCGGUCACUGGUGACAAUAGCAAUAUGUGUCCAGGGACACAGAAUGUUGGUUUCUAACAGACUACUUCCAAAAACAGUUUGAGAAAAAAAAAACUGUCUGAUUUUAAGUCUCUAGAGGUCUGUAAUAGUUUUUACAUUUUUCAGGCAGUGUAAAGUUUUUUGAUAAGGCCAUUUUAGGUGGCUUACUUUCUCAUUAAGAUAUAUAUAGAGAACCACUUUUGUAGAUUAGUAUAAGAAAAAUAUUUACCCUGUUUUGGGGCAAAUGCUACCUAUUUGUGUCACCUUUUGCUGAACUGACUCACAGUUAGACAAUCCAUGGUUUAAUGCACAUGAAAUUACCUAUAUUUUAUACUGUUCCAAUGUACAGGAGAAAGGUUACUGUAAACUGCGUCAUGUUGGUGCUUCUGUGGAUUAAGUUGUGGUCUCAUCACGAGUCUUAAGGUCUUAAUGUUAUUUGUUGAUAAGACAAGCUUAGAAUUGGUUUACUUAAAACAAAAAAAAAAGAAUUUCAAAAAAAAAAGUUGUUUGCUUAAAAAAAUAAAUUUCAUGUGAGAGAAAAAAACUAUUCCAGAAUAAGUUUUGUGUUGGCUUGAGAAGCAUUGAUGUCACCUUUUUUAUUGUGAACUAUAUUAGAUGUGUUUGUGUUCAGCAAAAUGUGAUCUGUUUUUGUUUUUUCUUUUAAAGAAAAAAAAAAAGUGAAAACUAUCUAGUGCCAAAUUCCAAAGGUACUUCCUUCCUAGAGCUUCGCGUGUUUCCUGUGAGAAGUGAUUUGAUAACAUGGUAUUUUAUUAUGUGUUUUGUAUAAAUCCCUAAUAUUUAAAACGAAAAAAAAAAGGUUACAAAGUUUGUUAACUUGCUAUUCCGUGGUCUUGUUGCCUGAAAUUGUUAUUGUUUGUUACUUCUCUAUGCUGUUUUUUGUAAGACAUUGUAUAAGUGCCGUGCGUCACUUUUCUAACCACUCCACAUCAGUGCUGUGACGGCAGCCCUCACAAUGUAUUCUCUGCAUACUGUCUGGAAACCUCUAAGGUGAGAAAGUCCUGAACUUUUAACCCUUUCUACCCAGAGCUAUCUGGAGUGUUGGUAACUUUUUAUACUGUCAUCCUUGGGUUUGUUUUGGGGUGUUUAGAUUUUUCCCCCAUUUGUGUCUUCUGCAUUAUUUUUGUUUUUUCAGACACCCACUAACCCAAAAAACUCUUAAGUCUUUUUCCUAAACCAUUUUUUAUUUUAUUUUUUAUCCCCCCUCCUUCCUAUUUUCCUGUGCUCCUUAAGCUUAAGUAGACUCUGUGAAGGUAAAAAUAGGUAGGUCUUAGCCCCUACACAUCCCUAAAGAUGAUGUCUGCUUUUUGAGAUCGGGUUUCACGGUAUGUCCUAGUGUACAAUAUUUUUAUACACCCUGGAGUUAAAUGGCUUUUUGAAGGUCCAGUCUUUCAAGAAAUUUUGCUUUUGUUAAACACCCCUAUGUAAUGCUGAAUCAGCCUUUGUGCUCGGGAUUCUCAGACUGCUGUAGACACCUGAAUGUGCAAGGUGUCUUCAUGAAAGCCCUCGGGCCUUUCCAUGCCUCUCUGGGUUUCUAGGGUGUUCUGAUCUUUAGGUGAACACAUUUCAAGUUGCUGGCCAUGUAAGAGGAGAUCAGCGCUGCUCUUCACCACAGUUACUAACCAAAUACCAGGACUAGUUCCUGCUGUAGCUUUCGAAAGUGCCAUGUUCCUCAGAGUCUGGCUUCAUAUGAGCAAAUGUCUUGUUUUGACAGACCCCCAAUGUCAUACCUACUGUCCCAACACACUUCCAGCCUCUGGGAAAACAUACCCUGCAAGCUUCUGGUCUCAGCUCCUUUUCCUUCUCACCCCGACCCCAUUUGAUUUAACAUGUGUGUUGACUGUGAUAGCCCUGAGAUGGAAAGGAUUAGCUUCUCACAAUUGUGUGUGAUUGUGAUAGCCCUGAGAUGGAAAGGAUUAGCCUCUCACAAUGCAAAAAAAAAAAAAAAAAAAAAAAAGUCUCCUCCUUCCAGCACGUGCACUUCCAAUGACAUGAUUCGUGUUAGCCCACACCUGUUUACUACUGCCGGGGCCUUCCUUCAUCCUUGAGGGCUAUUUUGUACUUUCUGCAGCACUCAGCUCACUAACAGUACUCACACACAUUCCUCAGUCUCUCUAUGGUGGUGUGUAGGUACACAUGUAGAAACACAAGAGAAUACCAGUUGUAUUUCAUAGACCAUCUCGUUCAGAAUCUAUUCAUUUACCAAUGACAUAAAUCUCUAAAAAAAAAUCUUGAUUUUUUUCCCCCCAUGGAAGCAAACUGCCCUCCUUCCUCUUAAUCCACCUGCGGUCCCCCUUCAGAGGCUCGGGCCAGGCAGGUACUUCUGUUGAGUGUUUCUGAUUUUGCAGGCAACCAAGACAGUACAUUGAGGGGGAGGUUUUUGGUUUUGCAUGUUUCAUUGUUAGAAAGAUAGCCUUCCUCAGAGACAGACUGUCCUUUAAUUCUCAGUAUCAAAAGGAAAAAGCUGCAAGGGUGCACAGGGCCUGUUUCCGGAAGACAAAACACAGGGAAACUGCAUUUUUAAAAAUCAAGUGUAAAGCAUAAACUUUUAAAACUCACUCAGAGAACUCUGAUCAGAUGGCACCUCCACGGUGUGACAAGUUCAUCUUUCCUUCACCGCAGGGGUUCUAGUUCCUUGGCUUGUGCUACUCUGGAAUCAUUUACUGUUUCUGUUUUUAUUAUCUUAAGUGCUAAUUAAAAAAUAAUAAAACUUAAAAAAAUGUAGUUUCAUUACCUUUUGAAUAAUGUCAUACAAAAAUGUAUUUGUGUUUUUGUGCUGUGGGAAUUGUUGUUUGUAGAUUAAUAAUACCAUUUUGUUUAGAACUACAAAAUAGUUUUUAAAUAUUGUCUGAGAAAAGCCAAAGUUAAUGCAACCUAGUGGAAACUGUAAGACCAUUUGAGUAUUGUUUCUGUUUUAUUGAUGCAUUUGGAUUUUGUUGUUUGAUGGAAUUUGAGCCAAAAAAACAAAAACGCAGGCUUUCCUAUUUCUACAACUGAUUGUACUUAUGCAUUUUGUACCAGUGGGAUUUUUUAUACUGGAGAUUAAAAAAAUGGAAAUUUUUGUGGCUUACUCUUGUGGGCCCCCUGACAAUGACUGAUUUCAAGUUUGAUUUCUGGUUGAUAGAAAGAAAGUUGCUUUUCUUUUAAGAAUUAAAAACUUUGGCUUGAUUUCUUUUUUUCCCUUUGCUUAUAUCUAGCAUUAGAAUUUUGUCUUAAAAUACAGCGGUAAGUUUCACUCUUUAUUCUGUACUGUGCAGUUACACAAUAAGAUAAUUAGACUUAGAAGUAUUCAGUCACUUUAAGUGGAUAAAUGUAUUAGUUAAACUUUAGGAGUUUGCUUUCUUGCUGUUUAGAUCGAAGUUUUUUCUGACCCUUCUGUCCUCAUUGUGAACAUAACCGUGUAGUUGAAACAGUCAGACUUAUUUUUGUAAUGUAUGUUAUUGUGUGAUGCGGUUUUUUGCUUCUGUCUCCAAUAUUAAACCAUUUUCCUAAUA